GAAUGCGAUGAAGCUGCUAUUGCAAGUCAAGGAUACUGCCGUGGCACUUUCGGUAGACUGUCUUCAGUGAGCUUGAGACGAGACCAGCACGCACCGUCGGUCAUGUGUAGUUGACCCGUGCAGUUGGAUAUCGCCCAAGACUGCUGUGCGACAUUCACCGAGGCCGCAAUUCGUCAACAUAUGCAUCGACUGACUCCACACAGACAUCGACAUUGAUGUUGCUCUGAGCUCUAGGCCUCGUGCACUUGUCCAAACACAGAAAGAGCUUGCUUGAUCAUUCUGCUUCAAUUGGGAAACUGCUCGCUGCAAGACAAACUCCCAAGUAGUCGAAGCAACUUGCUAGCUAAGGGCGCGCGAUGUACAGUCCUACUAUUGCAGUUUGCCAACAUAUUCCCAGUCCCAACGCAUCACUUGAAGAGAAUUUCCAAAGCGCUUCAGAUCUUGUGCGCCAAGCUAAGUCCCAGGGAGCCGACUUGGCUGUUUUACCUGAGUAUUCGCUAGCGCUUCCUGUCAACAGCGAAGACAAAGCUUGGGCUGACCAAGAUGGCACCUUCCUGCAGCGAUUCCAGGAGCUUGCCAAAGAGCUAUCUAUCGACUUAGUUCCUGGUACUAUCGGUGAGUGGGAGGACGUCAAAGGUGACGGCGAGCUCAUCUUGAGCAAUAACUGCUACUUCAUUGAUCGGACCGGCUCAAUCCUGUCCAUCUACCGCAAGAAGAAUCUUUGGCACCCCGAGCGUGCAAUCUUUCAAAAGGGCGAAGAAGAACACGCCGUCUUUCACACAGAACGCUAUGGCAUAGUCGGUCUCCUCGUCUGCUGGGACUGCGCAUUUGCGGAAGCGUUCCGGUGCCUGGUCAAACAGGGAGUCCAGACCGUCAUUGCGCCUACGUGUUGGAUGCUGAGCGAUGCAGGGGCAGGCCGCAGGUUCAAUCGCAAGAGCGAGCAGAUCUUUCUCAAUGCGAUGUGUACCUUGCGAGCCUUCGAAAACGAGGUUGUAUUUGUGUUCUGCAACGUGGGCGGCACAACCGAGGAAGACGGAGUAGGUCUUUCGCAGAUCACGGCUCCUUUUCAUGGCCAGCUAGUCGCAUUCACUGACGCCAAGCGCGGAAUCAAGCUCGCUCAAGUCGAUUACUCUUGUCUAAGCGUGGCCGAAGACGUUUAUAAAAUCCGCAAAGACUUGCUGAGUGAGGACUUCCACUACUGAAGGACUUCAGAGCUCAGGAGAAAACCUGAAAACACAUUGCAGAUCUAGGCCCAAGGGAAAUUAUGUUUGUCAUGCUCAUUGACAAACAGCAUUGCGCGAUGCUACUAAGGGCAGCAUUCGCAUUCGGACAGCAAGGUAUUUGGCAUUGCUGAUGUGCUGGCUUGUUUGCCCCUGAUAUUUGGAAAGCAUUCAAAAGGCCACAUCCUUCUGUUGCCCUUCCUCCCAGGCUACCAUCUGUAACAAAGACACCUACAAGGCUAUCAUCACACUCUUUUACUCCCACACAUAAGAGCAUUCACGCAUACAGUUUCAAUCAACAAGUAUGUUAGUCAAGGCAAGUUUCAUCACCGCCAGCCUCUCCAUGGGCGUCCUGGCGCACGCUCACAAGGAAGCACAUGGAGCCCAACCCUCUGCCACACCCAUUCUCCUCGCCCAGCCCCCUCAGUCAACUACUGAACCUGCCUCACCUGUU